AUGCCAGGCUACUCAAUAUCAAAAUCGGUCUUCCGUCGUUGAAUCCUCAAAGAAAUCGGAACCGAACGACAGAAAUGAUUAUACCUCCGAUUGAAUCAAGCAGGGAAUUCGCUUCACUUUAAUCUGCACCAUCAGUGUUAUCCUCUUCAUUUUGAUCAUUAAGGAAAGAGAAAUCGCGAUGGUCUUCUCCCAUGAUUUACGUGAAUUUAUUCUUCGAGCAAGAGUGUUGAAACUGUAUAGACAGGGUUUAAGAACAGCUCGGAAAGCACCUGUUGAUGGUCGAGAUGAAUUGAGGCAUAUGAUGAGAGAAGAAAUGGAGAAGAACAGAAAGUGUAAUGAUAGACAGAAAAUAAGAUUUUUGUUGAGCGAAGGAAUAGAGAGAUUGAAGCAAUUAGAUGAGAUGUUGGAUAUGCAAGGCCAUUAACUAGAGAUCUUUCUUUUCUUUCUUUUUUUUAUUAAUUUUGAUUAUUGGGAGUUAAGUUUUUCUCCAAUCAUUUUGGAGUGUCUCAUAGAAAGGAAUGUUGUUUUAGGGGAAGGAUAUGAGUUUGGUUAAGGGCUUAUCUUCAAGUUAUUGUAAUCAAAUUGUGAUUAAGGUACAAAGGAGUUAUUAAUUCCAUUUCCCACAUUAUUUGUAUCA